UGAAGGGAAAACCCUCCUUGCUCUCUUAGUGGUUUGAAGGAGCAACCACACGGCCCCCCAGAGAACAUCCCUCUUGCGCCUUGUCCCUCGUCGCCCAUCUUUCUGUCAAUUUGGUCAACAUCACACACCUUGUUGACCACCCUCUGCGACCGCUGUGUCCAAUUGCAUCCUAAAGACCCUCCAAGACUUGCCAUCUUCAUGCCACAUGCACAUCAGUGAGGUCGCAUGCUCCGGAGAACACAGUGAUCGACCCUCCGCAGUGUUGGACUGUCCCAUGCGGACAGCUUUUCCACCUCAAUUUUCCUCCCUAAAAAGCUGCGACACCCUCCGUUUCACCGCCCUAGAAGCCAGAGAACAGUGCAGUAUACGGGCUUCUGUUUUCUUGGAUAUCCAGAAGAACGCACGAGAUUGCGGGAAUACCAGCUUUGAUUGGUUUUGUGCUCGACGGGUUAAGGACAAGCACAAUCACACAAAAUACACAUCCGGCAACUGUUUCUGACCGCUGAGAAGAAACACCCCCGGAAAGACCAAUAAACCCCGCAUGAGCUGGCUAUAGCCGUCUGAGAUAUACCAGUUGUCCCACUCUGCUGUGCUGGUAGAUAUGUCUCUACCCGUGCUCUCACGGCCUCUGGCCGACCCGCCGACGGGUGCGCUACCUCCAAUUCCUACAAGCAAACCACCGAGGAAGAGUUUACCCCAGACUCCAUCAAGACUGAAGGCUCCAUCAAGGCCUUCAGCGCUACCAACACCACAGCCUGUUCAAUCGGCUCCUGAUCUAUCGCCCGAGAAACCCUCAGGUAUACCUUCCAGCAAAGGUGUGCGGAAAACUGUCAGCAUUGGCUCAUUUCCACAGCCACCCAAUGCCGGUUCGCGUCCUCCCACCUCGGCCUCAAUGGCGUCCACCACAUCCACGAAAAAGAGAACCUCGGAUGGAGGACACAGCAUCCAAAACGCCUCUGUCAGAUCCAAAAAAUCCCCCCGAACCAGCGUCGCAGCCAGCUUUCGCUCAUCUCAAACCCCCAGUCUAUUGAAUUCUGCCGGUGACGGAAUGGCCAUUUCGGCCAAGUUUGGAAAGAGAAUAUCGGACGCUCAAUCCAGUGUCCAUUCUCCUCCGCAAAGUCGGAGCUCUUCGGCCAACGGAUCCUACUCGACCAGCGCGACCACGUUCGAAGAGGGCGAGGAGGAUAGUCGAGGUCGCACAAAAGAAUUGGACGAAGGCACAGCUGAAUCAAAACGAAAUUCUAAGGGAAAAGAGGUCAAAGGCAACGUGAUCGUCAGUGUCCGCGUCCGCCCCGAUACUGGGGCACAAAACAAUGCUCAAACCGAAGGAGAAUGGAUGGUGGACGGCCGAAGAGGCCUGGUUGCAUACCGCGGGAAAGAAGGCGGGGAUUAUCAUCUCGACAACGUGUUCACGACCCACGAUGAUAACGCAAAAGUCUAUGAUGCCGCAGCCAAACGCCUAGUACGUCGAGUCAUGGAAGGCUAUCACGGAACAGUGUUUGCGUACGGCAUGACGGGAACCGGCAAGACGUUUUCGAUGCAAGGAACCAUGAGCAGCCCUGGUGUGAUUCCGCUGGCUAUCACCGAUAUCUUCUCCUACAUCAGAGAGACCCCGCACCGCGAAUUCCUUCUUCGAGUCAGCUAUCUCGAGAUCUACAACGAGAAAAUCCACGACUUGUUGGCUGUGCCCGUCGGUGGAGGCGUCGGACAGCAACAGGAGGAAAUCAAGCUGCGUGAAGAUAGCAAACGGGGUGUAUACGCCACACCCCUAAAAGAAGAGAUUGUGCAGAGCCCAACCCAGCUGCUACGAGUAAUCCACAGAGGAGACACUGCUCGGCGUACGGGAAGCACCCAGUUCAACGCGCGAAGUUCUCGCAGUCACGCAGUGGUUCAGAUCGUCGUCGAGAGCCGAGAGCGAAUACCAGGGUCGGGCUCCUUGCAAGAAAAUGGAAAGCGUGUGGCAAUGCUGCCCGGCGGCGUGCGGGUUUCCACGCUGAGCCUGAUCGAUCUUGCGGGGUCCGAACGUGCGGCAGAGGACAAGGAGCGCCGUGCUGAGGGCGCCCACAUCAACAAGUCUCUGUUGACUUUAGGGACGGUCAUCGCGAAGCUGUCGGGCAACCGUGACAAGAACGGCAACCCUACAGACAAAGACGGGAAGCACCUGCCGUACCGAGACAGCAAGCUCACCCGGUUGCUCCAGCCAGCACUCUCCGGGAACUCGUUGGUCUCAAUCCUCUGUACCAUCCAGAUUGGAGCCGGUUUGACGACGGCUGGCAGCAACCACACAGGUGAAACCCUCAACACCCUGAAAUUUGCCGCUCGUGCAAAGAACAAUAUUGUCAGCCAUGCCAAGCGAGCCGCGGAGGAGAUGGGCAGCGUCAAUGCCGGUCUCUUGGAACGAUAUAGAUCUGAAAUUGCAAACCUCCGGUCUCAACUGGAGGGUCAACAGAAGUCUGCCGCAGAGAAGGAAGAGCGGCAAUUGGAGAAAGAAGCCGAGCAACGUCACGAAGAACAGAUGCUGGAGAUGCAAUUGGCCCGGACGGCGCUCAAGGAGCGAAUCGAGCACCUCAACCGCCUGAUUCUGUGUUCCAAGUCCACUGGCGUUAACAGCGGCACAGUGUCGGCCUUGGGUAUGCACUCACGGCUCUCUGGAGGGACCGAAUUUGCAGGCCCACGGUCUGUACGAUCGUCAGCCAGCCAGUCGACCCUCGGCGUGACACCAAGUCUAGGUCGACACCCAUCGGUGGCUUCCCUGGGAGGGGUGGCUUCGGCUUCCGGACAUCUUUCAUUUUCGGGGAUCCCGGACGAGGACGAAGAAGGCAGCGGCGAUUUUGGCGACGGGAGAGCAUCCUUGCAGUCCCAGGUUCGCGCUUUACAGGCCGAUUUGCAGGACAAGACACGGUACAUCUCGACCCUGGAGAAAAGACUGUUGCAAGCUCGGCGGUCCAGCCACUCUCGGGUGUCGAUGGCGUUCAACAAACCCGCAGGCGACGACAGUGAAAUGCAAAGACGGCUGGAAGAGAAGGAUGCGAUGAUUGCGGACCUGCAGAAGACAGUUGCCGCCCUUCGAUCUGCCGUGCGCAAGCGCGAGAUCGCGGAAUUGACGCCUGAGACAUCGUCCUCGGAGUUCAAGCAGAACCGCGCACAAGCUGGACAUCAGAGCAACAGCAGCAACAGCAGCUCGCAGCUGAGCGUUUCGACCCAGCCAAUUCUAUCUGGUGGACCGCGAUCGCCCCUGACGGCGAGUCCAAUGACGAUCCUUUCCCCUCAAAAGGCGAUGGACAAGAAGCGCAAGACGGUGGAUGAGAUGUCGAGGAUGCUUGACGAGAUGAUCCAGGACAAGGUCGAGAGCGGACAGCUGAACCGGAGGUCUUCAUCGGUUCGGGUGCCUUCGCGAGGCUCGUCGUCUGCGCGUCGGCAUUCACGGCGGCUUUCGACGGCGGGCAGCAGCGGUGCUGUAGUGCCAACAGGACCAGGCAUAGGAAGCAUGGUGGCCUCGCUGCGAGAGCGGGACUCGGUGAUCGAGGCGAAGGAUUCGAGUUGAAGCAGAAUUGGUUUGUUUUAUUAUCACGAUUGACGACAUGACCACCACCAUUUUCCCUUUUUUCCUUUUUUUGGCGGAGUUUCCUUGAGAGGACAACCAUGAAAAGGAGUUGAGACCGCCCAACAGGACGAGAUCCACGGAGCAUGAUUGAUUCUAAUACGGGCGAUGCGGCUGUUUGACCACCUAUUUUCUGGGCUUUUCUUGUUCAGCACGUUACAUUUCUUUGGAGCUUUGACAGCAAUUCUGUUCCUUGAGCGGGACAAUGUGGGAUUUACUAUGUUUAGCAGAAUUCAGUGGGGGAAAGAAGGAUAUCCUCGAGGGAAGCGAUUCCAGGCCAAAAGAUGCAUCCAUGCCACAGAACAGACAGAUACAGAUACCCCCUUUCAUAGACGUUGUUAUAGGUACAAAGUCGUUUUGGGCAGACGGCGACGAGGCUGGCGAGGGUGGUUCCCUUGGUCCUCGUGUAGGUAUAUUAUGCAAGAUCAAUCCAGUCUUCUCUUUGGUUUGCUCGGU